GCCAACGACUCCCGCGACACCCGAAUGACGUCCCCCGCCUGCUGGUGCACCAGACUGGCUGGUGUUUUUGUUUGUGCUUGUCGUGCUUUCCCCGUGAAGCUGCAGCCAUGGCGAGCCACGGUGUAAGCCGCUCGGUUCGACCUCGCACUGAAGAGCAGAGACUACAAGAAGUCGACAAGAUCAAGAAAUACCGCGACCUCGAGGCCCAGCUGAGGACCGAGCUCGCACACCACAAUCAAGGACCUGACGUCUUCGCGCUCACCUCGCGCCUGCUCAAGCUCAACCCGGAGUACUAUUCAGUAUGGAACGACCGCAGACGCUUGCUAAUCUCUGGAUUGUUGUCCGCACCCUCGGCUGGCUGCUCGCCCUCGAGGGUGUCGCCGAGUUCUUCUCUGACAUCCACUACCACAACGUCAUCCGCCGCCUCCUUGGCGUCUUCAUCGACCACGACCCCUCACACCCGCGACUCCCAGACGACUGGGCCGAGUGGUACUACAGUUGACGCUGCCGGGGCAGGCACCGACUCUGGCAAUGAGGACGGCCAGGAUAAGGCCAAGGACCAAGAAAUUCUGCGGUCCGAGCUCGCCUUCACCAUCCCACUGCUGAUGGAGUUCCCUAAAUGCUACUGGAUCUGGAACUACCGCCUGUGGGUGUUGCAGCAGGCCGUCCAACGUCUCGACAUGCCCGUCGCUCGCCGCAUAUGGGAGGAGGAGCUUGGGCUGGUCGGCAAGAUGCUGACCAGGGAUCGGCGCAACUUUCACGCGUGGGGCUACCGCCGGCACGUCGUCGCCAAGCUUGAGAGCGCCGAGCUCGCCGGCAAAAGCCUUGUCCCAGAAGAAUUCGAAUACACCACCAAAAUGAUCCGCGUCGAUUUGUCAAACUUCUCGGCCUGGCAUAACCGGAGCAAGCUCAUCCCUCGGCUCCUGAAGGAACAGGGGGCUGGAGACGUUGAAAGGAAGAAACUGCUUGACGACGAGUUGAAGCUCAUCCGGGACGCCUUGAACGUCGGCCCGGAAGACCAGUCUCUCUGGUACUAUCACCAGUUUCUCAUGCUCAAUGUCUUCAAUACCCUUGGAAGCGAGUCCAUGGCGCCCAACCUGUCUAUGGCGGAGAGGGUGGCUUACGUCAACCGAGAGAUGGACGACAUCAGGGACUUGCUCGAGGACUACGAGGACAUCAAAUGGCUAUACGAAGCGCUCGUCGAGUACACGGUCGCCCUGUCGAAGGUAGAAAGUCGGAAGCUGACGAGCGAAGAGCUGGGCCGGUUGAGGGAGUGGCUAGGGAAGUUGGAUGAGCUCGAUCCCAUGAGGAGAGGGAGGUGGGCGGACGCCAGGAAAGAAUAUGGUCUUGGCUAGCAUUGUCACAAUAUAAUGGAUUCAGUUCAUUGUCGCGUAUAAUGAAUUUUCAUUCACGGCGGCCGAGCUGCUGGAUUACAACAAAAAGAGUCACUAAACAGCAAACAGAUCACUCCCCAGCCUAUAUUAUACCCCCGCAGGGCAUAGCAGUUACGAAGACCAUCAGUUAAUAUGGGUUUCUCCGGGUUUUCUUUCACAUAAAAUACACAGCGAAAUUGGAAGAUCCCUCAUAGCGGUAUGU